AGAGAGCAAGAGAGAGAGAGAGAGAGAGAGAGAGAGAGAGAUUAGAUUAGGUUACUUUCUAACUCUUUAGGGAAAGAAGGAAAUAAAGGAUGGAAGGAAGAAUGUCCUGCACACCUUCAGCAGUUUCUGGAUCGUGAUUGGUUUAUUCUGUGAAACUUCAGGUGGCACCGAAACAGGGCUGAGAUUUUGUGCGGGGAGGACAGAGGAAGCCGAGAAACAGUUUAAUAUGCUGCUGGAAGUUUUCUUCAUCCUUUAUCUUCUUCAGAGUCAGGUGCUGACCUCUGGCUCUUCCUCCUCUUCUUCUGAGACACACGAAAGCAGUCAAAGGGAUGAACAACACAGCAAAGGUUCCUCUCAUCAGCACCACUGGGGUUACCAUGAUCAGGAUGGGUGGUUAUCUUCAUUUGAAGACUGUGGUGGAAAAUCCCAGUCUCCCAUUAACAUAAACACUGGUGAGGUGAAGUACGAUCCCAGACUCUCUCUUAUUAAACUGGAGGGUUAUGAUCUGACAGACAAAUCUCCUCUUUCACUCCUUAACAAUGGGCAUACACUGCAGCUGUCUCUGCCGAACAGCAUGCGUAUUGUGAGAGGAUUUGAUCAUAUUUAUGUCGCAGCCCAGCUUCAUUUUCACUGGGGAACUGUAGAGAUCCCGGGAUCAGAGCACACUAUAGAUAACAUUCAUUUCCCGGCUGAGAUCCAUGUGGUUCAUUAUAACUCCAAAUACUCAAAUCUUUCUGAGGCCGCUACUAAAGCAGAUGGACUGGCUGUGUUAGGAGGAUUUAUAGGUAUUGGUCUUCAUGAAAAUGAAAACUAUGAGAAGAUCUUGUCUGCUUUAACAAACAUCAGCAGUGAAGAGUCAUACACCGAGAUUCCUGGUUUUAACGUCCGGCAUCUUCUGCCAAACAGUUUGGAGAGGUUUUAUAGAUACAAGGGAUCCCUCACGACCCCUCCGUGCUUUCAGACAGUCAGCUGGACUCUGUUCAAUGAUACUGUCAGAGUGUCAAGAAGACAGCUAGCGGCUUUGGAGGACACACUGAAAACAGAGCACAGCAAACUCUUAUCCAAAAACUUCAGAGCACCACAACUUCUGCACGGCCGAAAAGUCCUGACGUCUUUCCACACAGUACCCUCUGCAGGGAAUGCCAGAGGAGUCCCGCUGUCUGAAACACAAGACCUUAAUACAAAGGAAUCUAGUGAAACUCAAGAUGCACUCUCAAAAGGUGAUAUUUUGGCUAUUGUCUUUGGUGUUCUGUUCGCAGUCACACUGCUGGCCUUCUCCGUGUACACAUAUCAACAACGAAAAAAAUACACAAAGUUUAAAAGAGACUCAAAGCAAAACGUUAUUUAUAAACCAGCUGUUAAAGAAGAGGCAUAACAAAUUUAUUAUGUGUGAGGACAGCAUGACCUGAAGUUUUUUUCACAGAGAAAGACCUGCAGUGCUGUGCUCUUGUGUGAGGUUUUGAACUGAAAUUAAAAACAAAAAACAAAAAAACUAUUUAAUAGCAUAUUGAUCAAAUCAUUGAUCAAUGAUUUCUCGUUUUUAGAAAAACAGGUGUUUGAUGUUAAAAUUAUAUUGUAAGUUUAAAUGAUCAAGUUAUACUUUGUUAAUGAGAAAAAAAUGUAUUAACAAUAUUACAUAACAAUAUGUUCACCCAAAAAUAAUGUUUGUCUAAAACCACAACCACCUAGUCACAGUUGUAAGAGUAACGUAACACAAACAGACACUGUCAGUUGUUAUUAUUAUAUGCAUCUUUAAUGGUUGUUUUCUGUUUAUUUGCUGUUAAAAAUUCACUUGUUUCUUGUAUGUUCACCAUAAUUUGUUGCAGUGUUCCUGUAGUUGUUGAUUUAACAUGUAAGUUGCACUUUUUAAAGUCCAUUGCAAGCAAUUGAAAAAAUAUACUGAUCUUAGGAAAACUUUAGUAGACACGAUAUUAGAGAUAUUAAAGAUAUUAAGAUUCA